AUGUUAACAGCUUUCCUUAAGAUCUCACUUGUACUAUUUUCCUUAUCAUGGAUUUAUGAUUCAAAGGUUAUAGCCAUAAAUGAUGGGAAAACUUACUCCUGUAGCUGUGCCGUGGAUUUCAGUUACCCAGAUGGUGGGCAAAGUGGUUUGGCACACUGCAACCAGAACCUCGGUGAGGUCGUUAACGAUAUUAGAUAUACUUGCGAAAUCGAUUCAUGCUAUUAUGACGGUCAUCACUACGUUGACAUGAUCGAUUGUGUUCACAACGGAGACAGUGAUAGAAGGCCAAGUAAUCAAAAAUGUUCUCAAUAUCGAUACAUGGGUGAUGUUAAAGGUUUCAGUUGUACAAACCCUGGAAACGCACAUUAUACAUGUCCUUUCAAACAAAACUCUGGUAGAAUGCUGAGAUGUUCCGCAUGCACGAAGGGGUAG